AUUAAUGUUAGUUCAAUUUGAGUUCAAAUAUUUUGAAAAUAAAUCUAUUCGCCUCCGAUUCGAGACGAGUUUUUGAAUCGACCCACUAAUUUUUCUUUCAGACUCCCUCUUAAGAGACAUCUUUUCUUAAGAUGUCUACAAUUUGCGUUAAAAGUUAAAUUCAGACUAUAAUUAGGGUCACGUCGAAUAGGAACCACCCUUUUUGGUUUCCUGAUUUAUUUAUCCGUAAUUCUUCCUGGAACACUCAAGCGAUCACUUUUAUCUGCAAUUUCGCCAUUGUUGUACUCUCUCAAGCAGCCAAUUCGCCAUUUUCAAGCAUCGAAAUUUGAAGUCAAGUUGCAAUUUAAGUAUUGAGGCUUCAAUUAUUUGAGCUAGCUCAUCUAGUGUCAAGGAUGGUAGCCAAGUUUGUGGUGGACUUAAAUCAGCCUCUCGUCUUCCAGGUUGGCUAUCUUGGAGAAGAUUAUGACGAAUGGAUUCACCAACCUAUUGUCAGCAAGGAGGGUCCUCGCUUUUUCGCAAAUGAUAUUCUGGAGAUUUUAACUCGCACAAAGUGGUGGGUGAUUCCGAUAGUUUGGUUACCAGUAGUGUGCUAUCUAGUUUCGGUGUCAUUGCAGAGGAGCCUCACUGCUGCUCAGGCAGCUACUACACUGGUCUUUGGUGUCUUGAUUUGGUCACUGCUGGAGUAUACUUUACACAGAUUCCUUUUUCAUGUGAAAACACAAAAUUACUGGGCAAACACCCUUCACUAUGUUCUUCAUGGUUGUCAUCACAAACACCCGAUGGAUGCGCUUCGGCUCGUCUUUCCUCCAGCUGCAACUGCAAUCAUUUGUGUACCAAUAUGGAGCGUAAUAAGGCUUUUAUCUUCUCCAUCUGUUGCACCUGCGCUAUUUGGUGGUCUAUUGUUGGGUUACAUUAUGUAUGAUACUACUCACUAUUAUUUGCACCAUGGGCAGCCAUCUAUAGGAGUCCCCAAAAACCUUAAGAGAUACCACUUGAAUCACCACUUCCGUCUUCACACAAAGGGUUUUGGAAUCACCUCCUCUGUAUGGGAUCAUGUUUUUGGAACACAUCCCCAUCCCAAAGUCGUGUCCUGAGUGCUGGCAGUCAUCGUAUAUUAGUAUUGAUCGAUGAGGUUUUGUUGAGGCCUGUGACACACUAUGAAUUUGAUCUUAAACCCGGAACAUGACAUGCAUAGCUUCACAUGGGCUCGUUUUGCUCGUGUAUGAUAAUGCUUCAUUGGCUGCUUCUCUUCUGUAACUACUGGUUCGACUGUGUGAAUCAUUAUGUAAUAUGUAUCUGUAGUGCUGAAGUUUCGACCGUGUGAAUCAAAUAUGUAUUACAUGUCUAUUAAAGAGGGCAAUACGUGAGCUGCUUGAUUAUUCAUUAUUGAAUAUUACUAUUCAAAAUGAAUGUUUUUUAGAUUUAGUGUGAAAGCUUUUGAAUUUGAGCGAUUAUUUAUUUUAAUCAAACAUGAAUAUAUCUUCAGGGUGGUUUUAUGACUGUUGAGAUUAUUAUUGAGCUUUGUAGAACUUUUGGAUUUGUUUCUCAAAUCUUUAAUUUUGUUUAGGAGUGUUCUUGUUAAGUGAA